AUGGCCUCCUCCUUCUUCUCCCUCGAAGGCCAAACAGCCCUCGUAACAGGCGGCACCCGCGGCAUCGGCGCCGCCGUAGCCGUAGGCCUCGCCGAGGCCGGCGCAGACAUCCUCCUCGUCCAGCGCGACGAGUCCUCCCAGUCCACAAAGCAGGCCAUCGAGAAGCUCGGCCGCAAGGCCACAAUCUACACGGCCGACCUCAGCUCGCAGGAGAGCGUCGCCGCGCUGGUGCCCAAGGUCCUCAAGGACGGCCACGAGAUUCGCAUUCUCGUCAACUGCGCGGGUAUCCAAAAGAGGCAUCCGUGUGAAAAGUUCCCCGAUGAGGACUUCAACGCCGUCAUGCAAGUCAACCUCAACUCCGUCUUCACAAUCACCCGUGACGUAGGAGCCCACAUGCUCAACCUCGCCCCGCACCCGACAACCGGCCGCAAAGGCUCCGUCAUCAACUACGCCUCCCUCCUCACCUUCCAAGGCGGCUUCACCGUGCCCGCCUACGCCGCCUCCAAGGGCGCCGUCGGCCAGCUGACAAAGUCCUUCGCCAACGAGUGGACGGCCAAGGGCAUCACCGUCAACGCCAUCGCGCCGGGGUACAUUGAGACGGAGAUGAACACGGCGCUGUUGAACGAUAAGGAGCGCCUCGCUAGCAUCAGCGCGAGAAUCCCCGCGGGACGUUGGGGUACGCCUGAGGAUUUCAAGGGCACGUCGGUGUACCUUGCGAGUCGGGCGAGUGGGUAUGUGAGUGGGCAUGUUUUGGUUGUUGAUGGUGGCUGGAUGGGUCGGUAA